GAAGCACCACACACCACAGGGGGACUUGAGGUCACUGAGCCCACCUGUAUCUCCUUCCUCUCCUCAGGGAUAAAAGAGAGCAAGGAGGAAGCACCAGCCUCUCCAACCUGGGCAAUCUUCCUGGAAAGAUGCAGCCUCUCCUGCUCCUGCUGGCGUUUUUACUGUCCCCUGGGGCAGAGGCAGGGGAGAUCAUCGGAGGACAUGAGGCCAGGCCACACUCCUGUCCCUACAUGGCAUUGGUUCAAUUUCUGAUUGAAGAGAAAAAGCACAGCUCUUUCAAGGUGACUCUGGGGGCCCACGACAUCGAGAAGCAGGAGACAACCCAGCAGAAUUUCUCUGUGAAAGCAGCCAUCCCACACCCAGACUAUAACCCUAAGAACUACUCCAAUGACAUCAUGUUACUAAAGCUGGAGAGAAAGGCCAAGCUGACUGCAGCUGUGAGGACCAUAAGCCUGCCCAGGGCCAAGGCCCAGGUGAGGCCGCGACAGGUGUGCAGAGUGGCCGGAUGGGGGAGAGUCGCCCCGAUGGGCAGCUUCUCGGACACGCUGCAGGAGGUGGAGCUGACUGUGCAGCAGGACCGGGAGUGUGAAUCUUACUUACGCAAUUAUUACAAUAGUACCACUCAGCUGUGCGUGGGGGACCCAAAGGAAAAGAAGUCUUCCUUUAAGGGGGACUCUGGGGGCCCUCUCGUGUGUAAGAACGUGAUCCAGGGCAUUGUCUCCUAUGGACGAAACAAUGGGACACCUCCACGGGCUUUCACCAAAGUCUCGAGUUUCCUGCCCUGGAUAAAGAAAACCAUGAAAAGCCUCUAACUGGGAGAAUCAGCCUAUCUUCUCUGGAGCUGAUCCACAACAACACCAUAACUAAAUAAAUGUCUCUUAGCUGAGUGGGAA